UGCUCGCCACUCUGUUCUUUAGGCUACCCAGAGUCCCCAGAGUCUAUCAGACAGUCUCGGGUAGUCACCUAUAACACGAGAAACUCUAAGUUCCAAUGAGUGGUGAAAUGGAGCUCGAGGAGACCCAAAAUCGGUCGAAACCGGACACCGAGAAAGGGGCCAAGGAGAAUAGCAGUGCGGCCGGGAAUCAUGGAGAUGCCCACCUGAACGGAAUAUCGAACGGUUACGACAGUCGUAAAGAGCACAAAAGUGAUCAUCGUACCAAAGAACGAUCCCACAAAUCGGAACACCGUGAUAAGGAUCGCAGCCGUAGUGACAAGGACAAGAGCCAUAAAAGUGAGCAUCGUGAUAAAGACAAGGAUCGUCAUAAGCACAGCUCAAGUUCCAGUAGUAAGGAUAAGGACAGACAUGGUUCAAGCAGUUCCAGUAGUAAAGACAAGGAUAGAGACAAAGAUAAUAAAGAGAAGAAAUCAUCGGGAUCGUCAUCCUCGAACAGAGACAAGGAUAAAGAUCGUGAGCACAAGAGUUCGUCAUCGACCAAAGACAAGGAAAGAGAAAAGAGUCGGGAUCACCAUCACAAAUCCUCGAGUUCUAGGGACAAGGAUAGCUCAAAGGAAUCAUCCAAACAUCAUUCGAGCUCGAGUUCUAAGGACAAGGAGAGCUCGAAGAAUCGCGAUAAGGACAAGGAGAAGCAUCGGCAUAGCUCAAAGGAUGAUAAAGAUAAAUCAUCAUCCAAGGAUAAGGAUCGCAAACAUUCCUCUGAGAAGGACAAAGAACGUCACUCUAGUUCUCAUUCUUCCAGCGAUAAAGACAAGAGUCGAUCUGAUAAAGAUCGUCAUCGUCAUGAUCGUGAGAAGGACAAGCAUCGUCAUGACAAGGAUAAAGAAAGAAGCAAACAUAGGGAAGAAAGAGAGCGAAAGGACGAGCCAAAGAUUAAGGAAGAACCUGAAAAGACUGACGAGUUCAACCAGCACAGCUAUCAUGAGCAAUAUCAAAUUAAGCUGGAGAUUAAGGAUGAACCGAUAACUCAGGGGGAUGCAGAGGACGAUGGCAAUAGCAGCGAUGAAAAUGGACUCUACAUUAAAGAAGAGGAUGAUGACGAGUAUAAGCAAGAAAAUUCCACUGAUGAUGGCAAUGAUACGAGAUUGUCUGAACUGCAUAACACUACUCUGAAAACUGAAGAGGAAUCCGAAGAGGAUGUCCCAUUGGCUGUUAGAAGACCCACAUCUUCGCCCAGCGUUAAGAGAAAAGUGGAUAGCAGUGAUGAGGACGAAAUUCCAUUAUCAGCAAGGAAAAAAGUUAAGAAAGAAUCGGAUAAAAGCAAGAAGAAGAAAAAGAGGAAAAACGAUGAUGAUGAUAAUGAUUUUGUUGAGAAGAAGCCUAAAAAGAAAGCUGGAAAACCCCCAAAAAUCGAGAGCUCAACUCCCAGUCCACGGAAGAAGAAGAAGGAAGAGGAGGAGGUUGAGGUUUGGAAGUGGUGGGAGGAGAAACCCCGCGAGGAUGGUAAAAAGUGGACAUUCCUGGAGCAUAAAGGGCCACUCUUCGCUCCUGAUUACGAACCUCUACCUCCUGAUGUAAAAUUCUGGUACAAUGGAAAGGAAAUGAAACUUUCUCUAGAGACUGAAGAAGUUGCAACAUUCUACGCGCGCAUGUUGAACCACGACUAUACCACUAAACAAGUAUUUAACGACAAUUUUUUUCACGACUGGCGUGAAGUGAUGAACGAGGAUGAGCGUAGAAGAAUCAUGGAUCUUUCGAAAUGUGACUUCAGACCGAUGCACGAAUAUUUCAACCAGAAGUCAGAAGAACGAAAACAAAUGUCGAAAGAGGAGAAGAAAGUUAUCAAAGAGAAGAAUGAGGAAAUUCAGAAAGAAUACGGCAUUUGCACGAUCGACGGCCAUCCAGAGAAAAUUGGAAACUUUAGGAUUGAACCACCGAGUCUGUUCAGAGGUCGAGGGGAGCAUCCGAAGAUGGGAAAAUUGAAAAAACGAGUUCUCCCAGAAGACGUAAUUAUUAAUUGUUCUAAGGAUUCGAAAUUCCCAAAGCCCCCAUCAGGUCAUAAGUGGAGGGAAAUUCGUCACGACCCCGGCGUCACAUGGCUCGCCUCGUGGAACGAGAAUGUUCAAGGACAAGUCAAAUACGUCAUGCUGAAUCCUUCAAGUAAACUUAAAGGGCAGAAGGACAUGGAUAAAUAUAACACUGCCAGAAAGCUUGCCGUCUUGAUCGACAAUAUUCGGAAGAAAUAUCGAGAGGACUGGAAAAGUAAAGAGAUGAAAGCGAGGCAAAGAGCAGUUGCUUUGUACUUCAUUGAUAAAUUGGCCCUUAGGGCUGGAAAUGAGAAGGAUGAAGAUCAAGCUGAUACUGUCGGGUGUUGCUCUUUGAGAGUUGAGCACAUUUCACUACAUGAGAAAAAGGACGAUAAAGAAUAUGUGGUUGUCUUUGAUUUUCCUGGUAAAGAUUCCAUUCGGUAUUACAACGAAGUACCUGUUGAAAAACGAGUUUUUAAGAAUCUCGAACUCUUUAUGGAGAAUAAAUCAGCUGGAGAUGAUUUGUUUGAUAGAAUCUCAACGACUGAUCUCAACAAACACCUUAAUGAACUGAUGGACGGGCUCACUGCAAAAGUUUUCAGGACUUACAAUGCUUCCAUCACUCUUCAACAGCAACUGGAGAAGCUCACGAACCCGGACGACACUGUUGCUGAAAAAUUGUUGGCUUAUAAUCGAGCUAAUAGAACUGUCGCAAUUCUGUGUAACCAUCAGCGUUCUGUACCUAAAGGACAUGCGAAGACAAUGGAGAAUAUUAAGGGGAAGAUUGAGGCGAAGAAAGCAGCAAUCGAGGAAGCUGAAGAGAUUGUCAAGGAUGCCAAGAGAGAGUCAAGGGGAGGCUCUGUUACUGGAAAGGCACUCUAUGAAAAGAAAAAGAAGCUACUGGAGAGGCUCAAAGAGCAGUUGACCAAACUAGAGGUGCAGGAAACUGAUAAGGAAGAAAAUAAGGCCAUUGCACUUGGAACUUCCAAGCUGAAUUAUCUGGAUCCCAGGAUUUCUGUCGCCUGGUGUCGGAAAUAUGGAGUGCCAAUUGAAAAGAUUUACAACAAGACUCAACGUGACAAAUUCAAGUGGGCGAUAGAUAUGGCAACUGAAGAUUACAAUUUCACCGCCUCUCCUGAAGACGACUAAAAUCAUCUGACAAUGCAAAAAGACGUUUAGCAAUUCAACGAUACGAAAACAAAAGCAGAAUGAUUUUAUCCGUAUUUACUGUGCGACGAGGAGAAAGAGACCAACAGUAUAAUUUUUUAUUUUAAAAUCACAUGGUAAAUAGAAAAAUAGUUGAAAGUGUGAUUGUGCUUCGAUUACUUUAUUAUGGAUAAAGGUGUAACGGGAGAGAAAAUGGACGUUACAUUAGGAUUAAUCGAUGGAUUUGGUGAAAAAACUCAAUUACAACCAAUUAUUGUAAUUAGUUGAUGAAUUCCUUGUGUGUAGAAAGAGGAAUUAAACACAUAUUUCUAAGAUGUCGGAGUAUAGAUAUACUUCCGAAUGUCUUUUAGAUUUGAUCUAAUCUAAUGAUUGUAGUGGAUGAAGAAGAUAAAACGGAAUCAUAUUUCUUUAGCAGAAUUAUUAUUGUAACUUAGAAUUGGAUACUCGGCGUAAGGAAGUUAAGUAUGAUUUGAUAUAAAUGAAAAAUCUGUAAAUAUACCCAAUUGGUUCAAUACUUUGAGCGACUUUUAUGAUGCAACUUUUUUUUUAAUCGUCGCCAAUGGUAUGGAUAUAAUUAAUCAAUCGAAUAAUAAAUAAUUAAAAAGGAGAAUUUUCUACGAAAUUUCUUCUUUAUAGGGGGAUUGAAUAUCGAGAACCGAAAAAAUGAUGACAGAAGGGAGUGUAAUUGAAUCAUUGAGUGUUUGAAUUUGUUUUUAUUUUUAUCUUUUACUCGCAAUAGGAUUUCAUUUCGAACUCUUUGUGUUCAACAUUUUUUGGCUUUUAGGAAAUUCAUCGGGCGUGUUUGAGCAAACUGUAUUUUGUCACGAAAAUUAAUAAAACCGUCGAUAGAGUUUAACCUGGGAUUUGAACAUCGCUAUUAUCCAAGUAGAUAUCAUUUUCAAUUAUUGCAAUGUAAUCAAUCGUAUAGCAAUCAUAAAAAAAUUGAUGAAAACUCAAAUGAUGCAUAAUUUCAUGGAUGUAAUGUAAUUAAAGCUACAAGAGUGUAUGUAUAUGAAAUAAAUGUAAAAAGAAAGAAAUGUAAUUUACGUGAAAAAAAAUUAUCGUUUUUUUGGGUCACGGUUGAAAUCCUCUUGAGUGCUGUACGAUUUACCAGUGUUUUGCAGCCUGAAAAAAAGCCAAGACAAUUUCGACUGGAGCCUAAAUGAAGACCAUUUUUUUUUAUGUGAAUUUUAUUUCUUUCGAACGAUUUAUUGGGCCAUGAAAAUAAAAAAAAUUCUGAUUUUUUAUAUCUACAUAGAUACACUCGAGGGGCCUUAAAAGGAACUGAUGUAGUAAUCUCAUAAUCAAAGGGAUCGAAUUUUUUUUCAAUAGAAAAAAUAUUUAUGUAUUGUAAUGAAGCGUAACAUCUCAGUGGGCUCAUCUCACUUUUUCUGAAUAAUUAAGUAUGUUUGGAGUAAAUCUUAAAACAUUUUGCGUUGGAAAUGAUCUCAAUUCGAAAAAAUAAGUUGACAUCGUAAUCGAAAAUGAAUAUUUUUCGAGUAACUGCUUAAUUAAUGAAGCCAUAUGUUGAAGUUUUGACGUUUUAGCAUUUUGACCAAUUGAUUGAAUGGUGUCGCGGAAUAAGUGAUCAUUUAUAGUGAGUGAAUAUGAAUUAAAAAGAGAAAGGUUCACUGUGAACAACUGCCAAUUAGUUAAAUCAAUUCAUUUAUUUUUAUUGAAACGAUUUUUUUUAUUAAGAUCAGCUAGUUACAUCAUUUACUCGGAUAUCUCGAUGAGCACGGCUCCAUGUUUUAUUUUUAUGAGACGUAUGAGUUUCGUCUAGUGAAUGAAAAAAAUAUUUAUAUUUAUUUAGGAUAGAAAUUGAUUUUUUUAGUGGUGAAGUGGUAAACUGAUUCGAAUGAGAUAAAAUUGUUUAAAUAAUUGUACGACUGUUUCACGUACGAGGAUUUUCGGAAGGAAAAUAUUACACGAAAUUAUUUGUUUGAUAUUCCAUUAUCUGUAAAGCAGAUUUCUUGAUUAUUCUCUCCUAACAUUGAUAAUUGCUGAAAUAAUUCGGCAAUGAAUGUUAGUUUUUACUCGGACUUAAAAUAUUAGAUUAAUUCUUUAUUUAUUCAAACUGUUGAUGAUGAUGGAUGGAAAAUUCGUGAUAAAUCAGAGCAAUGGGAAAUGAAAUGACACGAUGCAAAUGCCUCUUUUGCAAAUAAUCCGCUAGUAAAAUUAAACCUAAUCUUGAGUAAUUAUAUCUUUAUAACUUUUGCAAAAGGGAAGUCUUAGAUUAAGUAGCAAUCGAUAUAUUCGAUAUUAUUUUCCAUAAAUAAUGAAUACAACAAUUUGAAGGCAACUUAAUAGUGUAUUAUUAACCGAGCCAGCACAAACUAUCGGUGUACAAAAAUAUAUCCCACGCGUGUAAUUGUCUUCUUUUCUUUUUUUAGAACUUUAAGAAAAAUAAAGAAUGAUAUUGUAAAGAAAACAUUUGACAUGUUAACAACCCUCUCAUUUCUAGCCUAGAUCACUUUCUCACCCGAUAUUUUCUCCUCCAUAAUCCGUUACGCUCCUUCACUUUUCCUCAAACAUGCGCAAUGAUAUUUAGGGAUAGGAAUAGUUUUUAUUAUUUAUUUAAAAAAUUUUCUAAACAUCGUCGUCAAAUAUCCGUUUGAGCUGUAGUAUUCCUAAUAAGGCGUUUAUUGUUGCAUAAAAUAUAUCCGACAAACAGUAACUGUCGUAAAGUAAAUAAAUUAUCCCAUGUAAAAACGUUAAGAACGAAUAAUAUAAUCCAAGUGAAUUAAAAAAAUUGCAUUCUGUUUCAAUACUUUGACCUUUGUAUGUAAAAAAUAUAAAAUCACAUUGAAAAUUGUUUAAUUCUCAGUGUUAGUAUGAUGCAGUUAUCAUCGAGACUAGGAAUUUAUUUUUGUGUAUGCGUGUGUGCGUGCGUGUGUAGGUGUAUUUAAUUCUCUGAUACAAUAGUUCGAGACUAGAGA